UUCAGCGUCAGCCAGCUUCACGCAGCUGUGGUGCGUUCUGGGUUGAGCUGGUUGAGUCUUUUUCCUAAAAAAAAUCAAAAAAACAACCGGAUUUUACGAUUGCAUUUAACUUAACCGUCUCUACACGUUCGGCGGAUCUGAUCUCAGUGAAGAUGAAUGAAGCAGCGUUCCCCUCUCCCACAGCCGAGAUGGCGGAGAUGAACCGGAUCCACUAUGAGCUGGAGUACACAGAGGGCAUCAGUCAGAGGAUGCGUAUUCCUGAGCAGCUCAAAGUGGCUCCGUAUAACCCUGAAGAGCAGGACAUUUCAGAGCAUGAGAUGCUCCACACGGCAAUGAUGCACGUUCCCGAGAGAAUUGUAGUGGCAGACGAUUUUCAGUGGAACACAAAAGAAGAUUUUUUUAGAGACAGGAAUGACAUGCAGUUUCCCAGAGAUCUGGACCUCAUCCAGUCCACCCCGAUGGAGUCAACACUGUCCCUCAAGACCCCACCUCGGGUCCUCACGCUCAGCGAAACGCCCAUCGACUUUCUCGAAAUGGAGCACCAGAGCUCCACCAGCCAGCCCAGUGAAGAAGUGCGCAUGCAAACCAGGACACGCAGAGAGCGCUCGGUCAGCGAGAACACAAGUGUGCAUCACAAUGGCCAGCUUGCCAGAAAUGACUCCAUUAUGACUCUCUCCCCCUCUGCUGCAUUGCGCACUAUGGCUCCUCUCGGUGGUGCCGAGGACGGGGUUAACCUCUUCAGCUCCCGCGGUGUCCUUUCCUUCAUCCAGUCAACCACCCGCCGGGCCUACCAGCAGGUCCUGGAGGUCCUGGACGAGAACCAGCGCAGCCAGCCAUCUCUUAGAGGGGGUUCAACCCUCUCUAACCCCCAGCAUGACGGCAGGCAUGCCCUGGCCCCGCUGGACUCAACUACAGAGGGAGGAGCAGAUGACAUGGCUCUUGUGGAUGCCACCUCUCUACGCAGACAGAUUGUCAAGCUGAACCGGCGUUUGCAGCUCUUGGAGGAGGAGAACAAAGAGAGAGUCAAGAGAGAAAUGAUCAUGUAUUCCGUCACUGUAGCUUUCUGGCUUAUCAACAGCUGGGUUUGGUUCCGUCGCUAAAGCUACAUGGACUCUGCAAUGUGGGAGGAGCAAAAUCAGAGCUCCGCCCCUCUCUUCUAUGUGUCAAACUUCAGCCAUGUUUUUUUUAAUGGCUAAAACAUUUUAUUUUCUUCCCAUCAAGAGCAGUAAAGUCAGGGAUAGCUUCUUUGUUUGAGUUUGUCUGUUUUGUGUUAUUACUAUAAAUAUGUAAUUAUACUUUUGUAUUAUUUGUACAACUGUACAAUUGUUCUUUUCCUUGGUUUUGUACUUUUUUAUUUUUGUACAUUUACAUUUACUUUUUUUUUUGUGAGCCAAGCAUGAACCAGAUGUAUAUAUUACUUCACUUGUCUUUGAACUAUGGCUGUAAUCAUUUAUUUUUCCAUAGGUUUACUUAUGUCAACUUUUACAGAGACCAAUGGAAUGGAACGCACUGAUAUAUCAUAGACAAAAUAAAUGCAUAUAAUAUAAAAUAAAAAUAAUGUUUAGGGACUGUUGUGAUUUUAGGUACCUUAUGUACGUCUAUGUUAAACAUAGAAUCCAUACUUGUUAAUUGUGAUUUAUUAUGUACAACAGCCCAUUAUUGUAAUAUGCUGAUGUUGUUAUUUCUGCUGCAAACUUUUAUGCAGGAUAUAACUGAAAUGAUACAUGUUCCGUUUUCCUCUUACUGGUCCAUAAACAUUGUAUUGCAAACGCUUUUAUUUGAAUAAAUGACAGCAGGAGUGAUCUGCACUCUA